AUGCAAAGCACUAUUUUUUCUCGAAAAAUAGCAAAAAGAAACCAAAGAAAGAGGGAACGAUCCCAAGAAGCUGGAGAACAAUUUGAAAAACGCCCAAAAUUAAAGUCUAAAGAUACUGCAUCUGGGCCAGGAGAUUCUGAAAAUAAGACUAGGAAUGAUCCUGGAAAGUUGCCUGACUCUGAUCCCCAACCCUAUUGUUCUUCCACAACUGAAGACAUUUCAAAAUUGAAAAUGAGGGUAAAUCUAAUAGCUUUUGCUAGGGAGUGCGAUCGUUACGGUGUUUCAGACAGAAGCGCUGCAUCACUUUCUUUCGCUCUGUUACAAGAUUUGGGCAUAAUUAAUGAACAAGACACUUCUGAAAUAAUAGAUCGAAAUAAAGUUCGUCGUGAAAGGGAAAAGCAUAGGAAAGAAUUGCAAAAUAAGAACAUGGAGGUAGUAAAAGCGUUAUAUUUUGAUGGACGGAAAGAUAAAUCCCUGACACACACUAAGAAGGGCGAUAAGUAUUACUAUAGUACCAUUACAGAAGAGCAUAUAUCCUCGGUAAAAAAGCAGGGUUCCAUUUACUUCGGCCAUUUAGCCGUAUCAUCUGGAUCAGCUGUCGUCAUCAAAGAUGCCAUAUUGAACUUCUUUAAUAAAAAAGAAAUAUCGAUUGAAUCGUUAAUAGGAGUUAUAUGUGAUGGCACUAACGUCAACACAGGAACAAACGAAGAAAUAAUAAAACUCUUAGAAAUUGCCCUAAAUCGCCCUCUUCAAUAG